AAAAUCCAUAGCUGGUAGGCUUAUUGUUGGGAGGGAAAAUGCACUGCCUGUUAUAUUUGAACUCUGACCUGAAAAUGAUGCACAAGAAAAUGUAGCCCAUGGGUUUGUCCAUGAUGUCAGCAAUACCCGCCUUCUCAACUUGAACAGUGUAUGCUGUUGAAAUCGUCAGCCCUUAUGCAUUUCCCAAACCAGGGCCCUAUUCGACCACUUUAAAAAUGUAACCUUUCUUUGUCCUUUCCUUGGAACAUUUACUGAUCUGACCUGAUUGGAUCUGUGAUAGAUAUGAAGUGGAACAAAUAUUUUCUCCUAUCCAGUUGUGUUGGAUCAGUGCUUAGCCAAUUGGAUUUAUUAGGAUCCCCAUUAACCGACGCCAAUGGUGACAGCUAGUCUUACUGAGGUCCGACAUAUAACGAAAAAGACAUUACAGACAAAAUACUUUACAAUUUACAUACAUGUAAAAACAUUAACAUGUAAUGUGUGUGCAUCUAUCAGUUACACAUACAGUACAUGUCAGUACAUACACACAACAAGUAGGCUUACUCUAAAGAAGAGAAGAAGGAAGGAUGAAUGUGUUUAGUCUACUGGUGCACCAGUUACUCUAAAUCUUCCAUAUCUUUUCUUCAUAGGCUAAACACUACAGGUGACACAGCUCAGGAGGUGGUGUACUGGAGAGACGCGUGUGCCGGUGAGACGCCACCAAAAAUGUACAGAACAGAAAUCAAGACUGUUUACUAAGGAGAUCUCUACAAUAAUAUUUAGCCAAAACCCAGAUAUAGAGAGAGUGUGAACUUGACUAAAGCCAAAAAAACAUGACUCACUUGCAAGCGGGCCUGAGCUCCGAGACCACAGAGAAAGCUCGUCAGGAGCUCAACGAGAACCCUGACACCCUCCAUGCGGACAUCCAGCAGGUGCGCGACAUGAUCGUGACACGGCCCGACAUCGGCUUCCUGCGCACGGACGACGACUUCAUCCUGAGGUUUCUGCGGGCGCGCAAGUUCAACCAGGCAGAGACCUUCCGGCUCCUGGCCCAGUAUUUUCAAUUCCGCCAGCAGAACCUGGACAUGUUCCAGAGCUUCAAGGUGGACGACCCGGGGAUCAAGAGGGCUCUGAUGGACGGCUUCCCAGGUGUCCUGGAGACUCCGGAUCAGCAUGGCCGGAAGAUACUCAUCCUAUUUGCUUCCAACUGGGACCAGGGAAGGAGCUCUUUCACAGACAUCCUCCGAGCCAUCCUCCUCUCCCUGGAGGUUCUCAUAGAGAACCAAGAACUCCAGAUCAACGGCUUCAUCUUGAUCAUCGACUGGAGUAACUUCUCCUUCAAGCAGGCAUCCAAGCUCACGCCCAACAUUCUCAAACUGGCAAUCGAAGGCCUGCAGGACAGCUUCCCUGCUCGCUUCGGUGGGAUCCAUUUUGUGAACCAGCCCUGGUAUAUCCACGCCAUGUACACCAUCAUCAAGCCUUUCCUCAAGGACAAGACUAGGAAAAGGAUUUUCCUCCACGGGAACAACCUCAACAGUUUACACCAGCUUAUCCUACCCGAUUGUCUGCCGUCCGAGUUUGGUGGCACGCUGCCGCCCUAUGACAUGGGCAUCUGGGCACGGACCCUCUUAGGGCCCAACUACAACGACGAGACGGAGUACACACUCACCUACGACGCCCUCCAUGUCAAAGGGAGCUAUGGUGGCGGAGAUAAGGAAUGUGCCAACAAACUUCUGAAAAGGUCCGAGUCAGCCGUGGAGCCGGGUACCCUACGGCAAGCUGACAGGGACAACACGGCACAGCCACUCCUGGCUCUGGACUGAUCACUGCGAUCCGUCCACAUUGUAUCCAAAGCACUCUAAUUUGGAUUCCAACCCCACCGACUCCAAAACCCUAAACUGAACUUUGAGAAAGUCAAAAACGCAGGCACGGACCCAAAAUGGAGUCUAAACCCUUGUUCACAUGGAGCUACUGUACUGAAAACCUCUCAUCUCUUGACUGUGAGCCAGUGCCAGUUUCAAAAGCUGUGCCAUCCACUUUCACUGGCAAAACUAUAGGUCACCAGCCAUCCAAAUCAAUGCCGAUAGGAGUAGAAUGAUUAAACUAAUGUUUGUUUUAACAGUACCACUAGGAAAGACUGACUGGCCGAGUUAAAUGUCCAAAAGCCCCGCAAACAGAAUGCCAAACUACUGUAUCUUACUGUUUUAGGGGCUGUCAUUUCUAUGAAAGUCAAUAUAUUUCAAGAUUGUAUAUUUAUCAGGGCUACUGCACUAUCAGUGUGACCUCCAUCGAACCAAAAUGUAUUUAAGUCAACUUUAAAAGAAUGUAUAGGAAAUGUAUUUUAAGUUAUGUGUUGUGUUCAUUACGUGUGUGUGUGUUCAGGUUUUGUCAUCGAAAAUCACACAGCGGAGUAUAAUUUCAAAUGAGAUGAAUCACAUUAUUGUUACACUAUAUAAAUUAAGCUACCUAUGUAAAUAAACACAACUUUCUGUUUAUGUUUAGAUCACUUGACACCAUUUUGACCUCAUUUUUCAUUUACUGAAAAGAAGCUAUUUAGUUUACAAUUAUUCAGUGCAACUAAUUACAACAUACAAAAUAGAAUUGAAAGAUGCAUUACUUACUUGGCAGGCCAAGUUACAACAGAUGGAACAGUUCAGUGAUUUCAACACUACAAAAAGUGAUAGAUUCAUAACAGAGUACCACAAAAGGUGAAAUAAUUCUCAAACGAUGUGGCUUUUGUGAAUGUGCUUGAUUUACUACCCCAUUGUAACUAAGAAACUAUUUUGAAGCCAAGAGGAUAACUUGAAUGUGUUAUCACAGCCCAAACAGAACCCCAAGACACCCAUGUCCAUGACAGACAGCCACACUU